AUGCCCAGCGACGCAGAGCGCGACCCGUCCCGGCGGCGCCCCCACGGCGAAGAACGAAGACGCAGACGAGAAUCGCACGGCGACCAAGACCCGGAGCGCAGACGGCGCAGAGAAUCCCGCGGCGAGAACACUCCUUACGAGCAGGACGGGCGGAGAAGAAAGGGACACCGCGCGACUGAUUCGUCGGGGGAUUUGUUACCACGACCGAGGCGACAGAGCGACUCGGCGAAACAGAGCCCGAGCCCGCGCAAGUCGCGGCGCAAUUCUACGACAGAUGGCAGUGGCAGCCGGAGUCGUCAGUCGGCGCAGUUGAGUCUCGAUGCGCUGGCGAAGCUAGACAAGGUCAAUGCGAAGAAAGCAGGUGGGUGGGGCCAAUAUGACUACGACGACGAGUAUCUGCGCGAGGUGCGCAAGAAGGAGAAGGAUCUGGAAAAGGAGCGGGUGAAGCGAGAGCGCGCUGAAAAGAAGAAGGAAAACAUGGAAGUGGAGGCGAGACGUGCUACCGAGGUGGAUGCGGCGAUGCAAGAAGAGAAGGCGAAGAGGAGGCGAGAGGAAAGGAGGAAGCAGAGAGAAAGCCAACAGCCACUUGUUCCGCCCGUUGAUGAGCGAGAGAAGAGGAGGAGUGCACAUACCGACGAUGAGAGGGAAGAGAGGAGACGCAGACAGGAGGCAAAAUACACGGCAUCUGAGAUUGAUCAGAAGAGAGAGCGUAGACGACAGGAGAAGCAACACAGGACGGAGCAGAAGAAGCGGCGUGUCAUCAGCGGGCCACUAGCUGAAGAAGGCGGAGUAGACGACGAUGAAUACCAAUACAUGAUGGAGAAGCGAGGCGGAGGCGGCAGGUCGCCGACAGUCUACUCGGAAGAACAACUCGCGAAGAGGAAGAAGUGGAAAAAGAUAGCCAUCGCGGUGAUUGCGGUUCUAUUACUUCUUGCCAUCAUCAUCCCCGUGGCAGUCAUGUUGUCGAAGAAGAGCAGUGGCAAUAACAGUUCUUCGGGCGGCGCUGCCGCGGACACACAACCAAACACCAGCAAUCUAGAGGGCAAGGAUCGCAACAGCGUUCCGCAAGAAGACCGGGGGACAUACUACGAUCCGUGGUCAUGGUAUGAUACUAUGGACUUCAACGUCACAUAUACCAAAGAGACGGUUGGCGGACUGCCCAUCAUCGGCCUCCAUGACUCGUGGGACGACGAUGUCCAGGCAAAUCCAAAGGUCCCAAACCUGCAAGACAAAUUCGAGUACGGCAAGAUGCCAAUCCGCGGUGUCAAUGUGGGUGGCUGGCUCAAUAUCGAGCCUUUCAUCACGCCGUCCUUCUUCGAGAACUACGGUUCGAAAGAGGGUAUUGUAGACGAGUGGACGCUCAUGACCAAACUCGGUUCGCGAGCGAAGGACACCAUGGAGAAACACUACGCCACUUUCAUCACCAAGAAGACUUUCUCAGAUAUUCGCGCCGCUGGCAUGGACCAUGUCCGCUUCCCCUUUGGCUACUGGAUAGUACAGAACUUUGGCGACGAGCCCUAUGUCGCUCAGGUUUCAUGGCGCUACCUGCUCCGCGGCAUCGAAUACUGUCGGCAAAACGGACUGCGCGUUAACCUCGAUCUGCACGGCGCUCCAGGGAGUCAAAACGGAUGGAACCAUUCUGGUCGCCAGGGCAAAAUAGGAUGGCUCAAUGGCCCAGACGGUGAUUUGAACGCCCAACGUACCCUUGAUAUCCACCACAAACUCUCCGUCUUCUUCGCCCAGCCGCGCUACAAGAACCUCGUAACAAUGUACGGCCUGGUCAACGAGCCGCGCAACGUCGAACUGGACACGGACAAAGUCGUCGCCUGGACCCAAAAAGCCGUAACCCAGAUCCGCUCCGACGGCAUCACUGCCAUCAUCGUUUUCGGCGACGGUUUCAUGGGCCUAGACAACUGGCAAGGCAAGCUCCAAGACAACAAAGAUCUCCUCCUCGACGUGCACCAAUACGUCAUCUUCAAUAUCGACCAGCUCAGCCUCAAGCACACUGACAAACUCAACUUCGCCUGCAAAGCCUGGACCCAACAAUCCAAGCGCUCCAUGGACAAGGCCACAGGCUUCGGCCCUACAAUGUGUGGAGAGUGGUCCCAAGCCGACACAGACUGCACGCAAUACAUCAACAACGUCGCCACCGGCACGCGCUGGGAAGGCACCUUCAACACGGGCAACGCAUCCACAUCCGUCCUCGCGCCGCAAUGCCCGCUCAAAACGGCCGCCUGCAGCUGCACCAAGGCCAACGAAGACCCGGCAAAUUACUCCGACGGCUACAAGAAGUGGCUGUACCAGUUCGCCAUUGCGCAAAUGGACAGCUUUGAGGCCGGCUGGGGCUGGUUCUAUUGGACGUGGGAGACGGAGAAGGCGACGCAGUGGAGUUAUAGGCGCGGGCUGGAGGCGGGCAUUCUCCCGAAGAAGGCGUACGACCGCGAUUGGAAGUGUCCUGAUGGGAACACGUAUGAUAGUUUUAGUGGGUUGGAGGAGUAUUACUAG